AUGGACUUGGAUGAAACCGACUCACUGUCUCAGCUCUCUGACCAAUUUCCUGGCUAUGAAAAGUUCACCUCACAUAUCACGAGUGUCACAUCAACCUUCGUCCUCCCAUUCUUGUACAUUACCGACCGCCGCGAUCCGCGCAUCACUGCCUCACUGCUCAAUCAAAUUUGCCGUAACAGUGGAGACUGUUCUCCUACACAUUUUGCGCACAUAAACGCGACUGCUUGCUUUACAGCACGGUUGUUGUAUGACACCGUACUCAACGCACUCGCAAGAUGGGAAGUGGCCUGGGAGAAUGGGUGUCAAAAUUGGCCUGGUGAGGAUGGGAAAAGAUACAACGACAGUAUUGAUAGCUUUUUACAUGGACUCCGGAAUAUACGCAACAAAUCCUGGGAAGGAAAGGCUAAAGGAAAUGGUAGAACUGUAGAUGAGGAACCGAACAUGGUGCUCCUCAUCGAGAGGGCUGAAAGGCUGAAGGACAACCUCCCGGACCUUAUCGUUCCUCUGACACGUCUCGCAGAAUUGUCACAGGUGAAGAUAACGACCAUCUUUCUAUCCUCUGUGCGAUGGGAGGAUAUCAAGCCACCUCUUGGCGCAUCCCCAGAUCCUUACUUCAUUGAUAUUGGUCCUCCAAGCAAACAAGAUACAAUUGACAGCCUUCUUUUUGAAUUCCGUUCUACGUCUACAACACAGCCAAGUGCAGGCACACAAGAUAGGACAUAUCAUCCAUCGCUGCUGCCAUUGUAUGAACAAUAUGUGGAACACGUCUACAAUGUUUGCUCUCUCUACACAACCGAUAUCCGAGAACUGCAGUAUAUUGCCGCUGCACGAUGGCCUGGGUUUGUUAAGCCUGUACUGCAGGAGCAAAGCGAAGUUAAUGGGGGCGGGGACCCAGAUCCAGACGGAACACGUAAUGAACUGACACUCCCCGCUUCCGACGGCCGCAUGAGACUGCUCAAGUUCUUCACCCCUUCUCUGACGGCGGCACUCGAUGUACUCUAUCCACGCUUGACUAAUGCUGCGGACUGGGCGUUAGCCAAUGACCCUGACAUGCAAGCGUCAGAGGAGGCACAAUCUCAAAUAAACACGGAAGGGAGCAUCAUUGUUGACCACCUACCGCGGAUGUCCAAGUUCAUCUUACUCGCAGCGUUCCUGGCUUCGACGAAUCCUGCCAAGAGUGACGUGCGAAUGUUCGGUCGCGGAGCAGAUAAACAGAAAAGGCGACGUCGGAAAUCUGCCUCGCCAAAGAAGGUUGGAGCGCAGACAACUGUUGCAAAGAUUACACAAAGAUUACUUGGCCCUGUAGUAUUUCCACUGGAUAGACUUCUCGCAAUUCUUGGUGCUCUCCUAGAGGAGAAUGAUGUCGAGAACCGGCCUCACGAACCCUGCUUUGAACUUCCAGGGGAGCACACCGACAUGGAAUUGGGGCGAGUGCAUAUUUACGCUGCUAUUACUGAGCUUACGUCCAUGCGUGCUCUGCAUCGCACGACUGCUGUCGAGAAACUAGAGGGACCGCCUAUGUAUAAAUGUGGGAUUUCAUUUGGGGUGGCCGGGGCACUUGCCAAGGACCUGCAGAAUCCGGAACCGAAUUACAACCACCAAUCAAGGGUUCCAGCUGGCACCAGUGCUAUCGGUGAAAUUCAUAGUCACACCGCCGGUGCGAAAAUCCUCAAGCCCGUGUCAGACAAUCGCUCUUCUCCAAUAGUCCAACUCCUCCGCUCAAGAACUCUGCCGACCUCAGGCUCGGGAGUGAGGUCACUGACAAACAGGUUGACGACCAUCAUGAUAUGCAACGCUCAGCUCGAUCGAACGGAGCUCUCAGCUUCUGCGUUCACUACUCGGGAUUCCAUCGAUGAUAGUGCGGCCUUUGACGACCCGAACCUCGACCCUUCACAUGGCCCAGAAUUUGACGACGAGUCACCCUAUCCAGAAGUUCGGUCCGCUGUCGCAAACACAGAUGAUCCGUCCAUACAUGUGACAACCCUUCGUACAUGGGUUUUAGGCUUGGCCUGGGCAAUUAUUAUGCCUAGCGUCAAUCAGUUUUUCUCCCUCCGCUAUCCCAGCGUGCCCAUCACUGGCAUAGUCGCUCAGCUACUCUCGUUUCCAAUAGGCCGCUUCUGUGCUGCUUAUAUUCCUCGAAAAAAAAUCUUUGGGAUUUCACUAAAUCCUGGUCCCUUCACUGUCAAGGAGCAUGUGCUGAUAACAAUCAUGGCUUCGGUAGGCGCAACAUCUGCUUACGCAACAGAUAUUAUCGCUGUGCAAAGAGUUUUCUAUAACCAGAAAUUCGAUUUCGGUUAUCAGUGGUUUUUGGUGAUGUCAUCACAACUCAUUGGCUUCUCCACCGGGGGAAUCACACGACGAUUUCUUGUGUCGCCUCCGAGCAUGAUCUGGCCUAUGACUCUCGUCAGCUGCGCACUCUUCAAUACUCUUCACUCCGAGCAGUAUGCGGGCAUUGGGCGAUUAGGCGGCUUAAGCCGAGGACGCUUCUUCGUCUAUGUUUUCACAGGCGCAUUCUUGUGGUACUUUAUCCCUGGUUACCUAUUCUUGUCCCUUUCGUGGUUCUCUUGGGUCACGUGGAUUUGGCCUCACGAUCCUGAACCUCUAGUUGUUUCACAGCUCUUUGGCUACGUCCACGGUAUGGGAAUGUCCGUGAUAACAUUUGACUGGGCCCAAAUUGCGUAUGCACUUGGUUGUUCCUACUUUGUCGUCCUUCUAAGCUUGGUUGCCCAGAUACAAUGGAUCACCACUAGCCAUGCCUUUCUAACUCUGGUCAACAUCAGGGUGGGCAACGGCGAACGUUAUCGUUGGCUUUGUAAUUUUCUAUUGGAUAGUAACACCUAUAUUAUACAACACAUACAACGUUACCCGGAUAUUGACUUCAGAAGGCACUUUCAACGCGACAGCGUACACGGAGUACAGUCCAAUAUUUAUUCCAACAGCAUUCGUGAUGUCUUAUGGCAAAUUUGGUAUCAAGCGCGACGGUCACUCAGGGAACAGGCAGACAUUCAUGCUCGCCUUAUGAGUCGAUACCCACAAGUUCCCGAUUGGUGGUACUUAUCUCUAUUCACUCUCAUGUUUGCAUUGGGUGUCGUCAGCAUCGAGAUUUGGCCUACAGAGAUGCCGGUUUGGGCUUUUGUAGUGGCGCUCUUGAUUGCAUUGACCUAUGUAAUUCCAUGCGGUAUGAUACAGGCAAUCACCAAUCAACAAAUUGGGUUGAAAUAUUCGCUACCUGGAAAACCAGUAGCAAUGAUGCUGUUCAAGACCUUCGGCUAUAUUUCUAUGUCUCAAGCCUUGACAUUUACGUCCGACUUCAAACUUGGUCAUUACAUGAAGAUUCCUCCUCGAAAAAUGUUCUGGUGUCAGAUUGUAGCUGCGAUAGUCGCUGGAACCGCGCAACUGGGUGUUCAAUCGUGGAUGUUCUCUAACAUACCUGGGGCUGAGUAUCUUGUAGAGACAUUUGUAGUGCCACUCAAAAAGACGGUUUCACCUGUCCUACCGUGGAGGUAUUUGGCACUGCAUCCAUCAUCUGGGUUCUGGGCAAUUAUAUCAGACUCAAUGUCCUCUUGCAGCUCCGUAUUGGUGUUCUUCAUUAUCGGAGCAGUCAGCCCUGUCGUGGGUUGGCUGGCGAUGAAGCGGUAUCCAAACAGUUUAAUACGAUACGUGAAUUUUCCGCUUAUAUUUAACGGCACCUACAAGAUUCCCCCUGCUUCUGCGCUCAAUUAUGUACCGUGGGCGCUUGUAGGUUUCAUCUUCCAGUAUGUAAUACGAAGGCGCAAUUUUGCAUGGUGGACGAAAUACAAUUUUUUAGCUGUCAUUCAUCGAGGUGCACAGAUUGCAAUAUCCGGCAAAUGGGUCGAUUGGGGAGGGCUUGCAACACUGGUGGGGCAACACGGUAGGCUCUCCACUGAACUACCAGCUCAAACGACUAAUGCGUUUACCAUCAAGGUAUAUUAUAAAACUGCUGAUGGUAUGGGCACUCCAGUUCGCCAGCUACAGGGCUCAGAGACAUUCGGGUACGUUGACUUACAAGCUGAUCACUUCGGUUUUGUUGACGAGCAAACUUAG